AUGAACUCAGCCGGCCAAUCACGCAUACGGGGGCGGAUCAUAGUGAUCUGGACCGACCAAUCACGCUUAAGGAGGCGGGCCAUCCAGAUCUGGACCGACCAAUCACGCGUCAGGUGGCGGGACAUCGUGAUCUGGACCGGCCAAUCACACGUCAGUGGGCGGGCCGGUGAUGUCAGAGAGAACAAAGGAUUUUGUGAAUGGAGCUUUAACUGGAGCGCGCUCAUGAGUGACGGCAGGUUAACGAGGCAGUGUUUACGAGGCCUGUCCCACCAGUAUGCGACUGACUCCAUGCGGCAGACGGCCAAAGGUUGUGCAGGUGCACUGAAGCCGCUGGUGAAUUUCACCAUCAAUGUCUGCCUUCCUCUGGGAAGAGGAGCGCCGGCCACAGGACCCGAGGGUCACCAUCGUUACGACCGUUUAAAGGAAGGAGACAAAUCCACCCGCGGAAACUAUGGAGGGUUCUUCUCCCGCUCUCUACCACAGGGAGGGCCUCGGAAGGCCAUCCCAGCUGAGAAGGAUGUGGUGAAGAGGCUUCUGCUGUUUCUGCUCUCCAUUGUUGCUCUGCAGGUCUACCUCACGCCAGUGGCCCACCUGGAUGAGCGAUUGCCGGCCCCUGAGAGACAGGAGUUGGGACUGAAGUGCGAGAGCUUCCUCCACCCUUGGCCACUCUGGAUGGGUUAUUCUACCACCAGUGCUUUGUGUAACUCACCGCAACGAGUCCAGGUGAAUAUUACCUGUCCGACCGUCCACCCUUCCCACAGGUGUACCUGAAGGCCCAGUCCUGCAAGUGAUCAACAGCAGGAAGAGUUGACUGUCAUCUUCAGAAUCUACUACCCUCCUCCCAUCACAAAGCAAUCUUCACAGAGGGAACGUCUCAUGAAACUGACAGAUGGCUUUUUUGGUUUUGUUUCAUUAAUUGUCACGUGUAACGAGGUGCCGGGAAAAACUAUUAUGUUGCGUGCUAUCCAGUCGGCGGAAAGACAAUACAAGAUUACACUCGAGCCGUUUACAGAUACAUGAUAAGGGAAUCGUGUUUAGUGCAAAGUAAAGCCAGCAAAGUCCGAUCGAGGGAAUCCAAGGGUCACCAAUGAGGUAGAUAGUAGUUCAGGACGGCACCACAUCCUGGUUGUGGUAGGAUGAUUCAGUUGCCUGAUAACAGCUGGGAAGAAACUGUCCUUGAAUCUGGAGGUGUGCGUUUUCACACCUAGAUCUUUAGCCUGAUGGGAGAUGGGAAAAGAGGGAGUGGCCAGGGUGUGACACAUCCUUGAUUGUACUGCUGGCCUUGCCGAGGCAGCGUGAGACUUUUGACAAUUAAAGGGCCAGUCCCACUUGGGCGUCAUUUACACAACAUCGUUUAUUUGUCAGGACGCCCGACGCGCCCAAAGCGCAUGGAGAGACGUGAUGGCGUAGGCAGUGACGUGUGGUAGCGCGCGGCGCACCGGGAUUUUGGGAUUCUCAACAUCCUCGCACGCCACCUGCGUGAUGCACAAAUGAUGCCCAGGUGGGACAGGCCCAAAAGGGGUUAGAUCCAGCUUCAUAUCCCAAAUACCUGCCUGUUACUUUGGAUUUAUCGCACUUGGAUUUUCCUGAGGUUUGUGUCACAUCAUAGGGGGAGUGGGUUUCUUAAACCCAAAGGCACCACUGUUAUCCAAACUGCUUUAAAAUAAAAGCAUUCAGCUGGA